UUUCCAGCCUUCUCUCUAUUGUCUAAACUUGGAGCAGGCAUAUUUUUACUUCAGAAUGCUUCUAUAUAUAGAGGGACAAUAGCCAUUGUGCAGGCUGGCUCGCUGGUUGGCACAGAAGGCGAAGAGCAGAUUUUCAGCAUGCCCCCCAAAAUGGCACGGAAGAAGAAAGAAGGAGGAGGGUCCAAUGUCUUUUCCAUGUUUGAUCAAAGCCAGAUCCAGGAAUUUAAAGAGGCAUUCACGAUCAUGGACCAGAACCGAGAUGGUUUCAUCGACAAGGCCGAUCUUAGAGACACCUUUGCGGCACUAGGCCGCCUGAAUGUCAAGAAUGAAGAGUUAGAAGAGAUGAUCAAGGAAGCUCCAGGAGCCAUUAACUUCACCGUCUUCCUUACAAUGUUUGGUGAGAAGCUGAAAGGUACCGAUCCGGAGGAGAUCAUUCUGAACGCUUUUAGGGUUUUUGACCAGGAAGGAAAAGGUUAUGUAAAAGCAGACUACAUGAAAGAAAUGCUCACAACGCAGGCCGAUCGGUUCACUGAGGAAGAGGUCAAACAGACUUUUACUGCUUUUCCUCCUGAUCCCUCUGGUAACCUUGACUACAAAAACCUUGUUUAUGUUAUUACGCAUGGAGAAGAGAAGGACUAAAAGACGUCAAGACAAACUGUCAAGAGAGCAUUAUUUACCACAGCCUCUCUGAAUUUCCCAGCAGGCUCCGUUUUGAUGUGACAUGGGGAUGAAUCCUGUAAAACGAUCCAAAUUAAAACCAUUAUACUAAACUAUUUUCUUAUAGUGGUCGAAGAUACCAUUUCUGUCUCAUUUCCCUACCCUCCACCCCCUGCCCGUGUUCUCAUUUUGGCUGUUAUCCUUGUCAACGAUAUGAAAGUGGAAUGUUCUAGAAGCACUCGCUUUUGUAUGACUUGUGGAUACUUCUGACAUUCACUAAAUGGUUUACCGAC